AUGUUCCACCCGUUGGAAGUGAUCCAUCUUGAAUGGCUAUCGUCGACUACAACGACGAGUUCGUAUCUGUGCGUCUUCGGUUCUGGCGUUGUCAUCAGCCUGACCCAAGACACACCAGCCGUCCGCCAGGAAUCAGACCUCACCACCUCAAUUUAUCUCCCGGUCUAUGUGACUAUCUGGUGUUAUGACCGUUUACCGAGACGCAAGUGCUUCACCUUUGUGCGCGAUGCCUUUUGGAUGACUGCCGUUGGUGCACACGGCCGCGAGGUGGGAGUCCUCGCCGCAGUCGCGGGCAAUUCCUGCGUUGCGGUCGUCUUUUCUCGAUUGUGA